CUCUCUCUCUCUCCCUCCCUCUCCGAUCACUGAAUCACUAACCACACACAAUGUCCGCUUCAAUCCUUUUGGAACGGUCGAGAGACUUCUCGAAGCUUCUAUGCAGGCUCGUACUGACCCGACCCAUGGGCGGCGGGCCCCGGACCUUCCCGGGAGGCGUCACCAAAUGGAAAUGGAAGCGCAUGCACGAAAAACGAGCCAAAGAGAAGGAGAAGCGCCUCUUAGAACAAGAGAAAGAGCUCUACGAGGCCCGUCUCCGCUCCCAAAUCAGGGCCAAAGUCGCCGGGAAACCCGACCCGUUUUCAAAUCAGGGUUCAGAAACCGGGCACAACCCUAUGAACCCCAACGAGCACCUUAAAGCCCUAGCCGAUCGGUUCAUGAAAGAAGGCGCAGAAGAUUUGUGGAACGAAAAGGAUGGGCCGAUUGAUGACCGGCCUCCACCGGUUGGCUCGGACGCACGGACGAGAUCGGUUACCGCACCACCGUUAGACCUGAGGAAGCUGAUAUCGAAAGGUCAUGAUUUGGCGGGAAAUGGUGGAAGUGUAAAUUUGAUCAAUUUGAGUGGCAAUCAGGUUAGGGUUAGGAACUACUCGGUUCAGAGCCGUGGGCGGUUUCGGAGAAACGAUAAUUCAAGCGAUGAAGACUCGGAUUUCGAUUCAGAAGGUGAGUCCGUACAGCCCUUUGCUAAUGAGAAUUCGAAAUUUGGGAGAAAUGUGAGGAAAUUAGGGAGUAGUGCUUCAUUGGGGAAGUAUGAUGUGAAGAUUAUUAAGAGGAGGGUGCCCCUUAAUUCAUUAGACGAGGAGAGUGAUUUUGCGCAGCAGGUCGAGUCGAUAAGGUACGAGCUUAGUAAGAAAAAUGCUGCUGCAAAUGAACGAGGGGAGGAUAGGGAACAGGAGGAGACAAUUCUUAGUGGAAAGAGAUUUGAUGAGUGUGGUAUAUCUCCAUUGACAGUCAAGGCACUGACUUCUGCUGGCUAUAUUCAAAUGACAAGGGUACAGGAGGCUGCUCUUUCUGUUUGCCUUGAAGGAAAAGAUGCAUUGAUCAAAGCUAAAACAGGCACUGGAAAAACUGCAGCUUUUGUGCUUCCUGCUAUUGAAGCAGUUGUGAAGGCUAAGACUAGCAAUACCAAUCAACGGGUGUCUCCAGUUCUUGUUCUUAUCCUCUGCCCCACAAGAGAACUUGCAAGUCAGAUAGCUGCAGAAACAAAUGUUUUGUUGAAGUACCAUGAUGGCAUAGGUCUGCAAACAUUAGUUGGAGGCACGCGAUUCAAAGAGGACCAGAAACGUCUAGAAUCAAAUCCAUGCCAGAUAAUAGUUGCAACUCCUGGCAGGUUGCUGGACCACAUUGAGAAUAAGUCAGGCUUGUCGGUGCGAUUGAUGGGACUGAAAAUGCUGAUACUUGAUGAAGCUGGCCACUUGCUAGACCUAGGAUUUCGGAAGGAUAUAGAGAAAAUUGUUGAUUGUUUGCCUCGUCGAAGGCAGUCCUUGCUGUUUACUGUAACAAUUCCGAAAGAGGUUCGCCGAAUAUCACAGCUUGUCUUGAAAAAGGACCAUGCUUUUGUUGACACAGUGGGUUUAGGUUGUGUUGAAACUCAUGAUAAGGUUAAGCAGUCGUGUCUUGUUGAACCACAUGAAUUGCAUUUUCAAAUAGUGCACCAGCUUCUUAUGGAGCAUAUCUCGCAAUCACCUAAUUAUAAGGUUAUUGUUUUCUGUACAACUGGAAUGGUAACAUCCCUCCUCUAUCAUGUUCUUCGUGAAAUGAAAAUGAAUGUUAAGGAGAUGCAUUCCAGGAAGCCUCAACUCUAUCGAACUCGUAUCUCUGAGGAAUUCAAGGUAUCAAAACAGCUGAUUCUUGUUACCUCUGAUGUAUCCGCACGUGGAAUGAAUUAUCCUGAUGUUACCUUGGUCAUUCAGGUGGGUAUUCCUUCUGACCGGGAUCAAUAUAUACAUCGUCUUGGAAGAACGGGACGAGAAGGCAAAGAAGGACAAGGCAUAUUGUUACUUGCACCAUGGGAGGAGUAUUUUCUGGAUGAAUUAAAAGAUUUGCCUGUUGAAAAAUUUCCUACGCUGCGAUUGGAUCCAGGCACUAAACUUAAGAUUGAGGAUUCAUUAGCCAAGAUUGAUGGUAGUGUCAAAGAAGCCGCCUUUCAUGCUUGGCUUGGGUACUAUAACUCGAUCAGGGAAAUUGGCAGGGAUAAAACCACACUUGUUGAGCAAGCCAACCAAUUUUGUCAAUCAAUUGGUUUGCAAAAACCUCCUUCUCUCUUUAGAAAGACAGCAUUGAAGAUGGGCUUGAGAGAUAUACCUGGCAUAAGAAUACGAAAGUAGCAUACAUUUGGAACAUGGAUAAGCAACCUGCUGAUUUGACUGGCUGGGAUAGGAAGACAAGGAAGUCAAGGACCUCCAUUCUCGUUUAAAGUGUGUAAAACAGGUUCACCUAGUUCAAGUUGUUUCACAUGAAAAGUUGUCUUAAGGUGAAUGCCUGCCUGGUCUAGCACUGGUCGUUGAAAUGGCUUUAGAAGCACACCUUUAUCACAUGUUAUUGCCAUAUACAAUGUGGUUUCUUUAGGUUGCAUCAUGCUAUAUAGUGAUAUUUGUGAAGCAGAUGUAUGCCUCAUUGUACAUUCUAUCCGUAUUGUAAACAUUCUAAUUAUAACAUGAAGCUGCAUUUUCUCUUUUUUAUAUCGUCUUCAGUGUAAAAAUGUAGAGCAACUCAUAAAAAUGUUGAUAUGAACUAA